AUGGCUCUAGCGGCUCGUGGCGAGGCCUUCAUGACCAUGUUUGAUGACUACGAUCCAGAGCGCGAGGCCAAGCGGCAGCGAAGGGCGCAGGCAGCGCAACAAAAGGAGCAGCGUCACCAGCAGCAGCAGCAGCUGCGGCAGCAGGAGCAGCAGCAGCAAGGGCAAAGGGACACUGGCGGCGGCAGCGGCCGAGCAGAAGCUGACCUGGAUAGCCUCGCACAGAGCUCAGGCCGCGGCGGCCGCAGCGAAGGGGAUGCCGGCGGCGCCGCGGGCCCCGGGCCGUCCUCGAUCGAGCAGCUGCUGAGCAGCGGCCGCAAGGGCCUCGGGGCCAUCCGGCGCGGCGGCGCGGCCGCCGCGGGCAAGGGCAAGCGCGAGAGGCAGCAGCAGCAAUCGCAGCAGCCGCAACAGCAGCAGCAGCAGCCCGCCUCCGCGCAGCGCGGGGCGGAGGCGGAGGCGGGGCGGCGGGCGCGCAAGGCUUUCAUGUCGUCCAAGGCUGCAAAGGUCUUCGAUGAGGAGGGGGUGGUGCUGGGCGGCGGCGGCGGGAGCGGUGGGGCCGGCGCGGGGGAUGGCGAGGGCGACGUGUCCAAGGAGGACUUUCAGAGGAUGGCCCGGGAGGUGGAGGCGCUGGGCGCGACCGCCCUGGACAAGCGGUCCCUGAAGUCGUGGCGGGCCGCCAUGCUGAAGCGAAUCGGGGCGUCCGCAGAGAAGGCGCCCCACGCGCCGGCCCACAUAUUUCAGGGCAUGGCCAAGGCGCGUGCCCCCCGCGCCGCCGCGCCGUCUCCCGCCGCCCGUCCCUUGCUGAGCAGCGCGCUGGCCGCCGCCGGAAGCGCGGCCAAGGAGCGCGAGCGCAAGGCGCUAGAGGAGGCCGUCGCCGCGGGCAUGGCCAGCGUGAAGGGGCGCGGGAAGAAGCUGCGCGCUGCCGCGGCCAAGCAGCGCGACAAGGGCCUGAUGGAGGCGGGCGGCGCCUUCAAGAACGGCGUGCUGCGCGCAGACCGGCUGAUGCGGGACGAGAAGAGCCGCGGGGGCGGCGGUGGCGGCAGGGGUGGAGGGAGAGGCGGCGGCGGUGGUGGCGGGAGGGGCAGCGGAGGCGUCCGGAAGGGGGGCGGCAAGGGCGGCAAGAAGCGGCGGUGA